CUUCCCCAUCCCUGUCCUUGGCCCCCAGGCAGGCAUCUGCCUCCUUCCACCCCCUCCUCUGCCCGCCCCUGGACACCUGCCUUCUGCCCUAUCCCUACCUAACACUCGGGCUUCUGGCCAGUGAGCUAAUUUAUUUGUUUUGGUGUUGAUCACCCAUUUUUUAUGUCCACCCCAAGCAAGAAUGGGAACCCCUGAAAGCAGGGGCCUGUCCUGUUCACCCCAGGGCAGUGGCCCCUAAUUCGGGGCCUGUACUCAACUAAGUAUUUGCUGGAUGGAUGGACGGACGGAUGGAUGGCUGGGUGGAUGGGUGGGUAGGUGGAUGGGUGGGUGGGUGGAUGAGUGGAUGGAUGGAGCCUCCCUUCCCAGACGCAAACAGUUCCCACUCCCAGGACUGCUGCAGGGAAAACAAUUCAAAAAUGCCCACCCCACAGUGAUGAGCCACAUAGCACUCUGUACCUGGUUAAGAGUUGGGUCUGAUGGAUGGAGGAAUAGAGGGAUAGACGUGUGAUGACGCAAAAAGAGUGAAAGCGUUAACGGUAGAACCUAAGGGGUGGGCGUACUGGUGUCCCCUGUAAAAUUCUUCCAGCUUUUCUGUAGGUUUGAAAAUCCUCAUAAUAAAACGACGGUGGUGGGGGGAAUUCAAGGGAGACUCCGUGGUCUGGGAAGAGAGGAGGACAGGCUGUCGUACAACACUUGGCAAAUCUGUGGGGUCCCUACUAUGGAUUAAGCACAGUUCCAGGCACUGGGUUUCAGCCAAGUGUUGUUAUUCUGCAGGUACACACUGGUAUGGACACACCGGUUGUUAAAAUCUUGAAAUAUUUCCCUACUCCUUGUAGAUAUAAACAGCCAUUGUUUUGAGUCCCCAUGCCCCCCAAAGCCGCGGCCUGUCUGCCAUUUAGCAACUAAAGAAGUAAUGCCUGGCCUAGCAAGGGGCCUCUGGGGCUCAUCCUGAUGGGCCAGGGCUCUGCCAUGUUGGAUGUUGACUUUGCUCCCUGGGCUGCAGCAGCCUUGAGCACCAUCUUCCUCCCUAGCAGGGACCUGACCAUGGCCCACUGGCCUCCGGCAUCCUGAGGAUGGCCCAGCUGGAGGACAAGGCUUCCGACAGAGAGAGGCUGGCACCAUUGCAGGAGAAUGGAACAAGAGAGACCCCUCUAGGGGUCCUGAGGUCUCCAGAGCCACUCCUUCGCCUUCGGAGGACAUGGGGGGUCUGGCAGAUCCCAGAGCUGGAUGUCCAGGAUGCAGAGGCCCUGCUGGAGCUGUGGCCACUGGGGAGUUUCCUUGUCAUAGGACAUGGCCCCAGCCAGUACCUGGUGCUGAGGACCGGACCUUCACCAGGGGAAGUAAAAACCUACCAGAUCAAGAAAAUUCCUGGAGGUGUAUCUCUGGACUCCUCUAACCUCUGCAUGCCAGACCUGCCCCAUCUCCUGGCCUUCCUAUCAGCCAGCAGGGAUGUUUUGCCCAGAACACUGCUCUUGCCCCCUCCAACUCUAGGGCCUUGGAACAAACACACAGAUCCUCCACAGAUUGGCAGGGUCCAACUCGACACCCCAGGAAAGGCCCUCUCUGUGGUGAAUCAGCUCUACCUGGAGACACACAAAGAGCAGGGGAUGGAGCAGUUCCUCCCAGAGACCCCACCAGAGACUGCCCAGAGCAACAGUCCAGCCCCCAGCAACCACACCCCUCACCGUGUCUCCUGGGUGGAAGGCCCACUCAGCCCGGAAGUGCACUAUCACGGGUCCGCUCUGGCUACCCUGGUGGAGAAGGAGGAGGAAGUGGAGGAGGCCUACAAAGAUGAAGAGGAGGGACCUGACGACGCCCUCACCCUUCACGUUAGGGCUCUGGCCAGGUCCUGGAGCAACUACGUGGCCAGGCAGUUCCGAGGCUUUAGGGCGCGCCUCACCUCGGCAGCAGGGGGCUCCCACAGGCCUGGGGACCCAGCCACAGAGCUGCUUCAGGAUGUGCGGCACCUCCUUACUGACCUCCAGGAAUACCUAGUAAAGGACCCAGAAGUCAGGGCCGUCUUUGGGAGCAUGGCGCCUGGGGCAGCCCAGAAGGACCAGGAUCUUGGCCCCGCGGUGGAGGCGGCGGUGUGCCGGGCGGUGCUGGCGCCCCUGAAGCCUGCCCUGUGGACUCAGCUCCGCACCCUCCGCGCCCCGGAGCUGAGGCGACUGCGGCGGCGACAGAUCGCCCUGAGGGCGGAGGCGGGGCCUCCGGGCGCCCAGGGGGCGGGGCCUGAGGGGCUGGGCCCCGCCCCCGCCCUGCGGAGCCGCAUCCACAACCGCCUCGUGCGCCUCCACGCCUCCUGCGCCCCGCGCCGCAAGGUGGCGCUGCUGCUGGCGGUGUGCGCGGAUAUCUACGAGGGGCUGGCCCGCGGCGGGGAGCAAGAGCCCCAGGGGGCCGACGCUUUCCUGCCGGCGCUGACAGAGGAGCUGAUCUGGAGUCCGAACCUUGGAGAGACGCAGCUGGACGUGGAGUUCCUUAUGGAGCUCCUGGAUCCCAACGAGCUGCGGGGAGAGGCCGGGUACUAUUUGACCACGUGGUUUGGAGCACUGCACCACAUUGCCCACUACCAACCCGAGGUGGGCCGUGCACCCCAGGGGCUCAGCUCCGAGGCCCGCGCCUCCCUUCGCCAGUGGCACCGCAGGCGGACGUUGCACGGACAGGAGCACGCCAGUACCGAGGCUGACCUCCCCUUUGAGGAGCCAUGGACAGUGGGGACAAAGCCUGGGAACCUCUAAUGGUUAGAAGCCUCAAACCCCUCUGCUGUUCUUCAAGCAAGAUGGGGGAGACUCACCCGGACAGCACCAACUUCUGACCCCUGUGGUUUAGGGACAGCAAGGGGGAAGGGCAGUACUGGGGUGGGGUGGGGGGUCCCAGGAAAAGGGAACGGCCUACCUCUGGCCUCUGUACUGGUUGUUCCCUCUUCCUGGAAUGCCCUUCCCUAACAUGCACACUGCUCCUUCCCUCCCAUCCUUUUGGUCUUUACUGCAGAUGUGCAGAUGUAACCUUCACAGGAGGUCCUUCCAGACCACCCUGUCUACAACUUUGACCCCUCUCAUUUGACCCUCCCUGGGGUAGGCAGAGUAACUGCCCGCCCCACAAAUGUCUAUGAUCGAAUCCUCAGAACCAGUGACUGUAUUACCAUACAUGGUGAAAGGGCCUUUACAGAUGUGGGUAAAUGAAGCAUCUUGAGAUGGGGAGAUUUUCUGGGAUUAUCCAGGUGGGCCCAGUGUAAUCAGCAGUGUCACCAUGAGAGGGAGGCAUGAAGGUCGGAGUCAGAGAAGGAGAUGUGACAAUGGAAGCAGAUGUGGAGUGGGGUGACCAGGAGCCAAGGACUCUCCCCAGAUUCCAGAAGCUGGUAAAGACAAGGACUGGACUCUCCCCUAGAACCUCCAGAAGGAACCUAGCCUUUGAUUUUAGCCCCGUCAGACCCACUUCAGACUUCUGACCUCCAAAAAUAAAAAACCAAACCCGCUGCCAUUGAGUCGAUUCUGACUCAUAGUGACCCUAUAGGACAGAGUAGAACUGCCCCACAGGGUUUCCAAGGAGUGCCUGAUGGAUUUGAGCUGCCAACCUUUUGGUUAGCAGCCGUAGCUCUUUAUCACUGCACCACCAGCGUUUCUUCUAACCUCCAGCUCUGUAAAAUGAUAAAUUUGUGUUCUUUUAAGCCACCAAGUUUAUGAUCACUUGUUACAGCAGCAACAGGACAUGAAUACAGCUUCUCAGCACUUACUCUAUAAACAAGGAGAAGUGGAGUUAAUGCCCAACGCGAUAAGUAACGCCGAUCCGGGGCUACAAAACUUUACUGGAAAAGUAGGAAAAACCCUCACAAUCCAUCUCAUGAAGAGAUGUAUUGCUAUGAAAUUGUUAACAUUUUAUGUUCUAUAACGAUCAAGAUUCUGUAAGUUUAGAUGUCAACUAAAAAUGCGCCAGGGAACAUGGUUUUUCUUUCUGCAAUUGUUUUUGGAAGCCAGCAAGCUUGAGGACAGCCGAGCCAGGCAGUGGUGAAAGGACACAGGGAUGGGGCGGGGUGGGGGGGGAACUGCAGGACUCAACCUCUGAAAUAAUGUUCAUUCAGAGCUGAGGGGGGCGGCCACACCCCAGGGCCUUUGGGUAUCCAGCUCUUCCUUCAGGGAAGAGCCAGGCUGGACACCAGUAAUCUCACUGUGUUUAUUUUUCUCAUUGUUUUAGUCACAUUAUCUAACCUAUGGUCCAAAGUCAAAUUUCUCCAAUUGUUCCCCCAAAAUAGCUUUUAUCAGUUAAUCUAGAAUUGAAUCCAGGAUCACAUGCUGCAUGUAGUUGCUUUGUCUUUAGUCUCGUUUAAUCUGGAACGGUCUCCCUCACCUUCUUUGUUUUGUCCCGACGUUUUUUUGGAGAGCCAAGGCCGGUGUCUUGUAGACCGUCCACUUCUUCGAAUUGUCUGAUGUUUCCUCAUGAUUAGAUUCUGGUGCUGCAUUUAGGGACAGAAUACUGCGUCGGUGACACUGUGUGCUUCUCAAUGCAUCACUUCAGCAGCUUGUGACCAGUGAGGCUGAGUCUGGUCCUUUAGAUGAAGAAGUGACCUCCAGGUCUCUCCACUAUAAAGAUGCCUUUUCCCCUUUAAAUUAUCACGUCAUCUGUGGUGACACCUUGGCACCCUGUGAAUAACCUGCUCUCCAACAACCUUCCACCUGAUGCUUUUGGUGCCUUUUCAUGAUUUUUGCUGACUCAUUGGUUUAUUUAUAUUGUUACAUCCUAUCUAUGGCAGUUGACUUCAGUUUCCCACUUCCUGGAAUGAAAUGACGUUUCCUGUUUAAAUAAAUGUGUUUGAAUAAUAAUUUUUUUAAGUGAGUUGAUUUAAAGAGAAGUAUUCAGUAGACUCAGUAGUUCAGAUGAUGUGUGGAUGUGUGGCAAAGUUAGGGAAGGCGAAAUUCAAAUGGCGGAAGUUUGGGGUAUCACUGGUGUCUUAGUCACCACGUGCUGCUAUAACAGAAAUACCACAAGUGGAUGGCUUUAACCAAGAGAAAUUUAUUUUCUCACAGUCUAGUAGGCUACAAGUCCAAAUUCAGGGCAUCAGCUCCAGGGGGAAGGCUUUCUCUCUCUGUGGGCUCUGGAGGAAGGUCUUUCUCGUCAAUCUUCCCCUGGACUCGGAGCUUCUCUGCACAGGAGCCCCAGGCCUAAAGGGCAUGCUCUGCUCCCAGUGCUUCUUUCUUGGUGGUGUGAGGUCCCCAACUCUCUGCUUGCUUCCCUUUCCUUUUAUCUCUUGUAAGAUAAAAGGUGGUGCAGGCCACACCCCUGGGAAACUCCCUUUACAUUGGAUCAGGGAUGUGAGCUGAGCAAGGGUGUUAUAUCCCACCCUAACCCUCUUUAACCCUAGGCAGAGAUUAUGAUUUAUAAUACCUAGGAAAAUCACAAAAUGGAGGACAAUCACACAUGGCCUAACCAAGUUGACACAUAUUUUGGGGGGACACAAUUCAAUCCAUGCCAAGUGGUUUUGGGGUCACACUUGGCCUCGUUUUUGUUCUGGAGCACUGGGCCUUCAGCUGGACACCUUCCCCUGGGUACUUACUUCCACCACAUUCCAAACUGACCUCAGCAUCUCCCCCAAACCUGCCCUCCUCCACGUACCUGUUUCAGGGGGGCCUCAUGGUCCCCAGGUCUCUAGGCCAGAGCCCUGAGCCUUGUCCUGGAUACCUCCCUUCCCCCUUCUCCAGGCCAUCAGCCCCGUGGCCCGUGCAUUUGGACUCCUGAGUGUCCUCUUUCCCACCUGCCCCACUGUCCCCUCCACAGCCCCACCCGGUCAGCCCCAACCACCCCUGUGCUCCUGCACUAAUCCUACUGCAGGGUAGCUCUCUUAGCUCCUCAGCAAGCAGGCCCUUCUCUCCACCAUGCAUGCCCUCUUUCAGCCAUACAGGCCUGCUGUUUCUUUCUUCUUGCCUCUCUUGCCUUUUUUCCUUUCUGCUUCAUUCCUCCUUCUCUUUCUGUCUGCCAGCCUCUCCGGGGCUAGCUGCAUAUAUAAGCAAAUUCCUCCUCAGUUUUAAGGCAUGGCCCUCCCACCAGGGCCAGGAACUGAGUAAUCCCCUCUUGGUAGGCCACAGACACUUCAUUUGCAUAGUAGGCUAUAGUCACAUCA